AUGGCAGAACACCAGACAUUCAGUGAUUUCAUUCACAACAAUGCUGUCAUUGCUAAGGGGCCUCCUACACGUUAUCGGCUUAGACUAGAAGUGAGGAACCUGGAUGGAAAGGGGGAUGAUUCAAGGCUCAGAAUAUGCACAGUUGGUACAAAAGAUCCCAAAAAGCCGAAUAGAACCAUCCUGCUUGUUGGAGAGACCGGCUCAGGAAAAUCUGCCCUCAUCAACAGUCUUCUAAACUUCACAGUGGGGGUGAAACCGGAAGACAAACAAUGGUUUGAGAUAGUAGAUGACAUAAAAACAAAUCAACCAGAAAGUCAGACAAUAAACGUGUCAGUCUACCAGAUCUUUGGCUUUGAAGGUAAAACUCUGCCCUACUCUUUGACCCUCAUCGACACUCCUGGAUACGGAGACACCAGAGGGAUCGAAUACGACGCCGUGAUCAGUAGAAACUUACAUGACCUGUUUCUAUCAAAGGACGGAGUUCAUGAAGUUCAUGCCGUGGGUUUGGUGCUGAAGGCGGCUGAAAACCGACUGAGUGACAGACUGAUGUACAGCUUCCAGUCAGUGAUGUCUCUGUUUGGAAAUGAUAUGGAGCAAAAGAUCGUGGCACUCAUUACACACUCAGAUGGAAUGCCUCCAGAAAAUGCCCUUCAAGCUCUGGAAGCAGCAAACAUUAAAUGUGCUAAAAAUGAGGAAGGAAGUGGUGGACAGACCCAUGCUUCACUGAGGAGGGGCAAAACCAAAAGCAACACCAGGAGGACCCAGCCUCCCCUCCACUCUGCAGGGGAGUCCAUGGGGGACUACAACCCUGCAGGGGGGCCAAAGUGGCUCGAGAGGGAGGCGUGGUUCAGCGGUGGUGCUGUGGUUACUUUCCAGAGGAUCUGA